CGCCCGCGCUGCAGGAAGGAGCUGCGAGCUGUAGCGGCGCCUGCCUCCGCGCGCCGAGCCGCACCAUGCCCCGCAUAGAUGCAGACCUCAAGCUGGACUUUAAGGAUGUCCUGCUCCGACCCAAGCGAAGCAGCCUCAGGAGCCGAGCCGAGGUGGAUCUUGAGCGUACCUUCACGUUUCGAAAUUCGAAGCAGACCUACUCAGGGAUUCCCAUCAUCGUGGCCAACAUGGACACCGUGGGGACAUUCGAGAUGGCGGUGGUGAUGUCCCAGCACUCCAUGUUCACGGCAAUUCAUAAGCACUACACCUUGGACGAGUGGAAGCUCUUUGCGGCUCAUCACCCAGAAUGUCUGCAGCACGUAGCUGUGAGUUCGGGCAGUGGGAAGAGCGAUCUGGAAAAGAUGAGCGACAUCUUGGAAGCGGUGCCGCAGGUCAAGUUCAUAUGCCUGGAUGUGGCCAACGGGUAUUCAGAACAUUUUGUGGAGUUCGUGAAGCUGGUGCGUGCCCGAUUUCCGGAACACACCAUUAUGGCAGGGAACGUGGUAACAGGGGAGAUGGUGGAAGAGCUUAUUCUUUCUGGAGCAGACAUAAUCAAAGUGGGCGUUGGACCAGGUUCCGUGUGCACCACCCGCACCAAGACGGGGGUGGGCUACCCCCAGCUCAGUGCGGUGAUCGAGUGCGCAGACUCUGCCCACGGCCUGAAGGGGCACAUCAUCUCCGACGGAGGCUGCACAUGUCCAGGAGAUGUCGCCAAAGCCUUUGGAGCUGGAGCGGAUUUUGUCAUGCUGGGAGGGAUGUUUUCAGGCCACACGGAGUGUGCCGGAGAGGUGAUCGAGAAGAAUGGGCAGAAGCUCAAGCUCUUCUACGGAAUGAGCUCCGAAACGGCAAUGAAGAAGCAUGCAGGAGGGGUUGCUGAAUACAGAGCCUCUGAGGGCAAGACUGUGGAAGUGCCUUACAAGGGGGAUGUCGAAAACACAAUUCUGGAUAUUCUUGGGGGACUGAGGUCUACCUGCACUUACGUGGGGGCCGCCAAACUCAAAGAGCUCAGCAGGAGGGCGACGUUCAUCCGGGUGACGCAACAGCACAACACCGUGUUCAGCUAACCUUGAGGAUGAGGUGACGUCCAGCUCGUGGAAGCUUCCACGCACACCUGCUUUCCCACCGCCCUCAUGUUACGUCAGAGUUUCUGGCCGCUCCUGAAUGGUGGACUACUCCCCAGAGGCUUUGGGGCUCCCUUGGUGCCUUUGGGGGCGGGGGCUGGAAGCAGGGCACUGACCGGGUCAGUGGUCAGAGCCCAGCUGCCUGGAACUCAUAACCUCAUUGUUAAAACUAAUUCCCCUUUUUCUUUCAUUUCUUUUCUUUUCUUUCUCUCUUUCUUUUUUUAAAGAAAAAUGGUUUCACUUUAAUAUAAUGCAAUUAUCUUAAGACUUGGUGGAGUGCUGGAGUUUGCAUUUGCAGAAACAAGUUGUCAGGGGAGCUUGGGGGUUUUCUACCUUCUUCCCACGCUUGGUUGUUAGCGGUCGAGGCACGGCGGGAGGAGCGAGCAGGGGAGGAUGGAGGCGGGGGAGGGGGGUCAGAGUCACUGGGCUCCCCUCCUCCGCUUCUGGUCGCGCCUGCAAAGGACGAAAGCGCCCGCCUAGACCCAUGAACUUGAAGAAGUGGUCUCCUGCGGAUAGGAGGUGUGGUGAUGUGUUUUCACCACCUGCGUUACACGUGCCUUUUGGGAACAGGUGUCUGGCCCUGUGGGGUCAGUGUUGCUUUCGGGACGCUGUCCCUCUCUUGGUUUUUCAUUGAGUUUUGUUUUCCUUCCUCUCUUCCCUCCUCAGCCCCAACCUGUCAGGCUGGCCUCUCUCUUAAAGAGAAUAGACAUUAUCUUGAAGUUCACGGGAUGUUUUCUUGGAAGGUUAGCCACCCAAAAAUUGGCAAGUGGAAUCCUUACUGAAACACAGCGCAAACCUUGCCCAGCGGCUUUCUACAAGUCAGUGGUUUAAAAUCUGAGUUAGAAAUACGUCCUUGUCAAGGCCAUUCAUACUUUCGAGGAAGGACCACAUGGUAUUCACCGACUGGUAACAGUGGUAUUUCCUUGGAGAAUGGACCCAUGGCCUUGGAGGAAUCCUACAGACCGGCCACCACCACACUGGUUUAAACGGUGAAUAUGGAUUAACGAUGACCGGUCACUGCUUCUGGAGCAUACCCUGAGUAAUAGGACUGGAAAAUAUAUGCAGACCAGGAUGUUUUACUUUAUUUUCUUUUGAAUGAGGCUUAACGAACCAGACACAAGAGUCCAUUGUCCUUGAAAAAGCAAGCGACUACCCUGGCGUAGAGAAGGGUCACACGGCGCUACCGUUUAAGGACAAAUUAACGGCCUGAGGUCCCUUGUGAACUGCCACUAGAGGAAGGAUCCAUCCAGGCCAUAGUGCUCCAGGAAAUUAUAGGUCCAUUUGUAGUUUCAUAAGAAUCCGUUUAAAGGCCCCCAGCAACUCGAACUCCGUUGUGCUACUCCCCCCUCUCAAUCCAUUGAGAGUAGUCCUCGGACUCGUGGAAACAUGAAUGGGCUGGAGGGUGUUUAACAUACAGAGCGAGGUGUGGGGUUUGCCUGGAGGCACCCCACCUUUCCUGUUUGCUUGUCUGAGGUUUGAGGCCCACGCUACUACUCCUGUGGAAGAGUUUUUCUACUCAGGCCCUUCAGUGUGUUCAUUUUAAGAGAUUCUCUGUUGCAAAAUAAGGGAGAGAAGGAAAGGUCUUAAACAAACCCAUUCCGAAUGCACCAGCAAUAGUAAGGGGACUUUGAGGGCAUAGCCCUGCCUGAGGGGGGCACAGCCAGCUUCCCUGCCACACCCAGAGUGGUCCCGGAGGGCCCCCCCCCGCCGGAGCCCACUAGAGGCUGUGCUCUUUGCAGAGACCUGUGCCUGCUUUAUCCCUCUCGUGUAGAGCUUUUGCCCGCUUCAUUUCCAUGAGCUGGAGGACCGUCCUUUGCUCACCUAAUUUUUAGGGAAGUGAGUCACUUAGAAGCAGAGAUUUUGCAAACCUCACCCUGAAGCCUCCAUUAUGCUUUGUGUCCCACAGCCACGGGCCCCGGGGAGCCUGGACCGGGCUCGCCCUCAGCCCUGGUAUCGGGCAGGAUGCCUGAGUAUCUGCGGCAACCUGCUAGCCUUCCUGCUUAGGAGUCUGGGGCGGGGGGGAGUCUGUGAAUGAGCUGCCCUUCACCUUGGGCUGCUGCCUGCAGAAUCUUAAGGCUGGAAGGAUUCUAUAGGCACACGUCUGGUUGGGGCUGAGGGGCUCCCGUGCAUGGGUCCUGGGGGGAUUAUGUCCUGGGGCAACGGCUAGGAGUGGGCACGGUGCAUGCUUGCAAUGCAACACCCUUGAGACAAACGGGCUCCUCCGCAUGCAUGCCAGGGGCGGGGGGCUCGCUUGUCAAAUUUCUGGAACUUUCUGGAACUUUCCACGGUCAGACCACAAACCAGUGUACAGCAACGCUGUUCCAGAAUGUAUCGAUGAUGGUACAGGAGUUCCAUGAAGCUACCAAAUGCUAUUUAGAAACAAAUCUCUCUUGUCAACAGCAUUGUUCAGAUAGGAGAAAUAAAACGUGAACUGAAUAAGUCAAAACA